AUGAAGCUCCCUCCACCAGAGAUCAUGGCGGCAUGGCCAACGCCGAAUUAUAUCGACCCAGUGACCCGUGGCCACGGUGUGCUCUAUGUGAAUAUCGUUUUUACUUCACUGGCAUUGCUCGUGGUGGCUCUUCGGCUGUACACCCGGCUCCGGAUCACAUGCAGUGCCGGCGUGGACGAUAUCUUGAUCGUGAUCGGUCUCGGCUUCGCCAUUGCCAUGAUCGCCGUGACGUCUCUCGCGACGGAAAGCUGGGGAUGGAACCGUCAUGUGUGGGACGUACCACCGACUUGGCUACCCACGGUCCAAAAGCUCAACAUCGUCUUCCAGAUUAUGUUCUCAUGGGCUUCUAGCGUCACCAAGGUCUCCCUCUUGUGGUUCUGUCGUCGACUGCUCGGUGCCGGCAAGGGAAAUUUUGCGUGGUAUAACUGGGCGUUUAUCGGGUCCAUGGCGAUUGUCGCUCUCACAUGCGGGCUAUUUACCAUUGUCAGCAUUUUCCAAUGCUUACCCGUCAAGGCGUACUGGACGGUCAAUCCAACUUAUCCUCACAAAUGUCUUGACGAAGGCAGACUUCUCUUCGCCGCCAGUGUCAUCAAUAUCUUUACCGACUUUCUCGCCACGGCGAUCCCCAUGCCGCUCAUCUGGAGUCUCAAGUUGCCUACUCGGCAGCGUCUCGCAGUCAUCUCUAUUUUCAGUCUCGGCAUCAUGGUCAACGUGGCCGGAUCCUUCCGCACAGCGUAUGUUUGGCAAAGUAUGGUUGUCGGUUAUGAUCGGACAUGGCUCAGUUGGCCCAUCCUCGUCGCUGCAUCGGUGGAAAUCAACCUUGGACUGAUCUGCUCCUCUGCGCCCGCCCUCCGCCCUCUCGUCGCAGCAUUCCUCCCUCGUCUCCUCAACUCGACCCGCUACUACAGCACCACCAACGAACGCAGUCGAUCCCAAAAACCCUGGACUGCAAACCCUCGGUCUCAACCAACCUACGCAAGCAGGAACCUUCCCUCUCAAAACGCCGACUUUGACAACGACCGUUUCGAAAUCAUGCGCACCGUCGAGAUGGAGACGUACUCCGAAUCACGUCUUCCACAUCACGAGAGCAUGGGCCAUACAUUUGACAUUGGAAGUGACGGACGAGCUGGAUCCCCAACGAGUAUUGAGCUCAAAAACGGCGCCACGGUGUUCUCAGCGGCUGCGAGUGACAAGUCUUCUAUUUCUUUAACGCGUGAUGAAGCUUUUUAUGGGAGAGGAUGA